ACUACACUUCCUUUGGCAUCACCUUGAAGGUGUAGACUGUGUUCAAUGGCAAAAGUCACGCAUUCUUUCUCAUUUUGCCUUCCACUAGAAACGGUGCAAGUAAACACAAGGCAACUGAAUUUGAGCACCAUUACAAUUUUGCCUUCACACAUGCACAGGCGUUAACUUCUUUCCUGUAUCGAGUCAGGCCUCUAGACUCAUAUUAAAGGCGUGAAGCUACAACUGCAACUGAAUCACGCCUUCAAGUGCCAGUGCCGUCUGUUCCAUUUUUGUCCCCAUCUCCAAAAGUGCAUUUCCAAUUUUUCCGCUACAGAAAAAAUUCCCAGGAUGCAUCAUCAGAAAAUCAUUUAGUAUGGUUCCAGGCAACAACUGAAAGUCAAACUCAAAGCCCUCUGAUCAUUUCACAGAGGUUUUAGCCCAGAAGACCCAAUAAACAAAUGUUAAAAAAAAAGAAGGUAAAAACUUUGCCCAAUCUUCUCUGCAUUUUGACAGAUGAUUCAUGGGUUUUACUCUGACAGUUUUGGCUAACUUAAAGAGGCCAAGAAACCCAUAAAAGAUUUUGGUUAAAUCGCAGACUUUUGCUGAUAUUAUUGCCUCCAUCUCCGUCUUGAUUCUUAAAUUCCACCCCCUUCCUCACUUAAAAAAAAAAAAAGAGUAUCCAAUAAUAUUGUCUGUUGCUAUUUUUGCAAUUUGCAGCCAGUAUUUACUACCUCUAAAUAAGGAAGAAACUCAUAAACAGUCUUGGCUCUUGAGUCAAUCCCAGUUUUUCCUCUACUCUUCUUGGAGCUUAGGAAUGGGUAUUCCACAGCGUUGUCUUCUUUUGCUUUGAAGAACUAAGAGCAAGUACAAAAAAAUGGAUCUUGAGCUAACUGAUAAUGCUGGUGAUGCCUCAGAUCAUCAUGAGCUGGUGGAAAAGAGAAGGAAGAGUACAAGGAAAUUCGUUCUUGCUUGUGCUGCUUUUGCAUCUAUUAACAAUGUCCUUAUCGGCUAUGUUUUUUCGGUACACAGAUGUAGGUGUCAUGACUCAUGAGUGGGGCAAUACUAUUUAUUAAAGAAGAUUUGAAGACAACAGAGGUGCAAGAAGAAAUUUUUCUUGGUAUCUUGAGCAUAAUAUCAAUUUUGGGUAUUUUAGCUGGUGGAAGAAUAUCUGAUGCCAUUGGGAGAAAACCAGCAAUGGGUUUAGCUGCUUUUGUCUUCCAAGCAGGAGCAGUCAUAAUGACUGUAUCCCCCACAUUUGAGGUACUAAUGAUAGGAAGAAUCUUGGCUGGAAUUGGAAUUGGUUUUGGAGUCAUGAUUGCACCUGUUUACAUUGCAGAGAUAUCACCUGCAUUUGCUAGAGGUUCCCUCUCCUCCUUUCCUGAGAUUUUCAUAAAUCUGGGAAUCCUUUUAGGUUUUGUCUCCAACUAUGCAUUUUCUGGUCUUCCAGCACACCUAAACUGGAGGAUAAUGCUUGCAGUGGGAAUUCUGCCUGCAGUCUUCAUUGCAUUUGCACUAUGCAUAAUUCCUGAGUCACCACGGUGGUUAGUUAUGCAGAACCGAAUUCAAGAGGCAAGGGCUAUUCUGUUGAAAACAAAUGAUAAUGACACAGAGGUAGAUGAGAGGCUAUCAGAAAUUCAAUUAGCUGCUGGAAUUACUGAUGCCGAGAAGCAUCAAAGCAAGGCUGUGUGGCGUGAAUUGCUAAGUCCUACUCCAGCACUUCGCAGGAUGAUGAUCACUGGUUUCGGAAUCCAGUGUUUCCAACAGAUUACUGGCAUUGAUGCAACUAUUUAUUAUAGUCCCAAGAUCUUUAAAGCUGCUGGUAUUGAUGGUAACUCAAACCUUCUUGCAGCAACAGUGGCUGUGGGGGUUACAAAGACGGCAUUUAUACUUGUAGCUAUUGUUCUUAUCGACAAAGUUGGGAGAAAGCCACUGCUCUAUGUGAGCACAAUUGGUAUGACUUUAUGUCUGUUUACAUUGGGAACCAGCCUUUCCAUUCCGGGAGAGGGAUCUGUCGGAAUAGCAUUGGCAAUACUAUCAGUCUGUGCAAAUGUAGCUUUCUUUUCCGUGGGUAUUGGUCCCGUUUGUUGGGUUUUGACUUCUGAAAUCUUUCCUUUGAGGCUAAGAGCUCAAGCAUCAGCACUUGGAGGAGUUUGCAGCAGAGUAUGCAGUGGCCUGAUUGCUAUGUCCUUCCUCUCUGUUUCGCAUGCAAUUACUACGGCUGGGAUCUUUCUUGUGUUUAGUUUACUUUCAGCAAUUUCUGUUGCCUUUGUCUAUACAAUGGUUCCAGAAACUAAAGGUAAAUCUCUGGAGCAGAUUGAGCUGCUGUUCCAAAAUAAUAUCUGCGGAGGUUUUGGUAUCAAAAAUUUCAUCUCCUCAAAGUUUCUUGGCGACAAACAUAAAGUGUCAGCACGCACAGCUUGAGAUGAUACAAGUAGGACAGUUUGGGCAGGAAUUUGUAGCCUCAACUUUUGGUUAGUCCUACGUAUAGAGCCACAUGUAUCUCUUUCCUUUUUUUUUUUUCUUUUUUUUGUACAUAAUGGUCUUGCUUCUGACUGCUUACUCUUCAAUAUCAAAAGCCUCCUUUUAAUUUCAUUAAAAAUGUUUUAUACCACAGCAAGAUCUGUAUUCUGAA